CAACUGUGGCGUAGCCGUAGCCAAGCCGUAGCCGUAGAGAGCCAAGUAAAACCAGAGCGGCUUCGUUGGCUUCGUUUUGAAUGCUAGCCGGGGAUUCAAGUUUCGUUGUGUUCGCUGUUCAGCACAUCCAAGGCCUUCGAACUUUGCAUGAAGAUGCAAAACACACGGGACAGAAGAGUAAUGACAUUUUCACCGCCGCACAGAGUGGACCACAAAGAGCCUGAACGCAAGAAAGUUGCGGGCACUGCAGUAGCCAAGGAAUAUCUAAUUUUACAACCGUUCUCUUCUGCUCCGCAACUGACAUUUGAGGACGUCGUUCCUGGUACCACGGCAACGAGACUCCUCGAAAUUCGAAACACCUCCAGCAUUGAUCACGUCAUAAUAGUGGAUAAAAUACCUGUAGCAAAUGGGUUUUCCGCUGACCCCGACGUAUUCAUAGUUCCCGCUGGAGGUUCGAAAGACGUUGCCUUCCUGUGGGCACCGACGGAGUCUACGGCAAGCUGCAGGUGCACCGUUCAUGUACGGUCGGAGCAGGGAUACAGAGGCAGGAUAUUUCUCCUAGGAACCGUCAGGAAGGUGUUUGCGAAAACUACAAAAGCAGCUAAAAAGGCACAGCCAUCUGGCAGGGUUCUAGCGCCUUCGCAGAAGCCGAACGUCAAGACAGAAAAAAAGCCUGCACCUGCAGCCAAAGUGACUACAAAGAGCAGAAGGCUCGUGACGAUGCCGGUUGAGUUUAAGGCUGCACGACCAAAAGCUGCCCAGCCUGAAAUGAAGCGUAAUGUGACGUUCAAGUUGAGUAAACCAGCUCAACCGAAGCCAGCAACCGAGGUUCAGCUACCUGCUCCAAAGUGCAACUUUGUUGCUCGGCUUCCUGAUGCACCCGUUGACUCUCCCAGCAUGAGACGGGAAACUUUUACGUGCAACGACACAGCCGAGAUACCGACAAAUUCCACCGCAGUCGGUGAUCUUGAAGACAGCUUGGAUGGAAGCGUUCUCGAGGCUCCCAUAAAGAACACCACGUUCACUCCGCCGUCUGCAAAGAAAAACGUGUCCGAGCAACACCGGCAUUCAUCCUCGAAGUCUCCGACGGAGUUGGAUUUUAGCGGCCGUAUGGAAGAACUUUACAGGAGGCUCCUCGGGGAAUGCAAGAGUGAAGACGAAUCGUUUGCAACUGCACCUUCAGAUCACGAACGCGACACUUCAGAAGAGAAGUUCACGACGCCACCUAAUUCGAGAUUUCUGUUGUCUGCAGCACCUAAGGGGCUGAGCGAAUGUCCAGACGGGCUCGUUGACUCCAAUCAUCUUACAUUUAGAGCCUCAGGCACCUCGGGUCAGAGCGAUGGGGCGGUAAAGCCGCUUGCUGGAACUCCAAGCGGUUCAUUGUUGCCGGACGUCUUGGAGCUAAUUGAGCAGUUUGAAGCUGGCGUGAAUAUUGGAGCAAUCGGUGACAGGAAUGAUGACACGUCGCUGAUGAACAUGAUUGACGAGUACAUGUUUCAGGAAAGCUCGACAGAGAGGUGCUCAGCUUCAGAUUUCUUCCCUUCAGACAUCAGCAGCAUUCACCGCACACCAACGGGAAAAGCCAUAGGGGGCAAGCAUAAUCGCACGCAGUUUUGAGGGAUCUGCAAUGCAUGUGUUGCCACUUUUUUUAAUGUAUUUUUUGAAAGUGUAAGAUAAUUGUAUUUUUACACAUUUGUAGUAGCGUGCCAUGUCAUUUGAUUUUAUUGACAAUCUCAGUCGCUUAAUAAACUGGCUCAAUACUGUCAA